AUGACAGGAAGUGGGCGCGACUAACGCUGCGCAGGAACUUCCGGCAAAACAACGUGUGUCCUGAGCUCGUGAAGUGUGUGUUAUGAGUGACGUUAAUUCACAUUUGAGGUCAGAACAGUAGUUGUAGGAAAUACUGACGGCGUCGUCAGUGACUCGUAUCAGAUAGUGACUUAUCCGAGUGCUUGCACAGUUAUUUAGACACUUGUGGACCCGCUGCGGAGUUUGACUGCCAUGCUGUAGUUGGACGGAGUUGUGUGACAGUUGACUUUUGUCUGUUUCUGUCGCUGCUGCUUCCAGUCCCGUCGUUCACCAUGGGACACACCAGCCUAGAGAAGAUGACUGCGCUGCAGAGAAACCCCUCCAACAUCAGGAACCUCUGCAUUCUGGCUCACGUUGACCACGGCAAGACUACCCUUGCAGACUGUUUAGUGGCCAGUAAUGGCAUCAUAUCCAGUAGACUGGCCGGGAAGCUGAGGUAUUUAGACAGCAGAGAGGACGAGCAGGUCCGAGGAAUUACCAUGAAGUCCAGCGCCAUCUCUCUGCACUUCACACAUGGUGAUCAGGAGUAUUUACUAAAUCUGAUCGACUCCCCCGGUCAUGUGGACUUCUCCUCCGAGGUCUCCACUGCCGUCAGGCUGUGUGACGGUGCCAUUGUUGUCAUUGAUGCAGUGGAGGGAGUGUGUCCACAGACCCAGGUCGUGCUGCGUCAGGCCUGGCUGGAGAACAUCCGACCUGUUCUGGUCAUUAAUAAGAUGGACAGACUCAUCCUGGAACUGAAGCUCACCCCCCAGGAAGCCUACAUCCACCUGCAGAAGAUUCUGGAACAGGUGAACGCAGUGACGGGGUUCUUAUUUACAUCAGAAGUGCUGGAGAAGCGAGCGGAGAAGGAGAAGGCGGAGGCAGAGGAGAAAGAUGACGAAACUGCGGCGGAUGGCGAUCAGGUUUACGACUGGAGUGCUGGACUGGAGGAAGUGGACGACUCCCACCUUUACUUCUCCCCUCUCCAGGGGAACGUGGUGUUUGCUAGUGCCAUAGACGGCUGGGGCUUCAGCAUGCAGCAGUUUGCUCAGCUCUACAGCCUGAAAAUGGGAAUCAAAGCAGAGGUUCUCCUCAAAACCCUGUGGGGAGAUUACUACCUCAACGCGAAAGCAAAAAGGAUUAUGAAAGGAGCUCAGGUCAAAGGAAAAAAGCCACUGUUUGUUCAACUAGUGCUGGAGAACAUUUGGAGUUUAUAUGACGCUGUCGUCACAAGGAGAGACAUGGAGAAGGUGGAGAAGGUGGUGACAUCACUCGGGAUAAAGGUGAUGGCCAGAGACCUGCGGCACUCAGACCCCAAAGUUCUCCUGUCCGCCAUCUGCAGCCAGUGGUUACGGCUGUCCCAAGCUGUUCUCUCCAUGGUGUGUGAGAAACUUCCUAGUCCUCUGGACAUGGCAGAAGAGCGGGUGGAGAAACUGAUGAGUGUCGGUACCAGACGAUUUGACUCCCUGCCACCACAGACUCAAGAGCUGAAAAAAGCAUUCCUCCAGUGUUCCAGUCAGGAAAACGCUCCGGUCAUCAUCUUUGUGUCCAAGAUGUUUGCUGUAGAUGUCAAGGCCCUGCCCCAGAACAGACAGAGGCCAUUAACCCAGGCAGAGAUUUCCCAGCGUAGAGAAAUUGCUCGACAGAGACAUGCUGACAGAAUGGCCGUGGACCAGACGACUAAAAAGAACAAUGAAGACCAAUGUGGGCCAGAACCUUCAGACCUCAGCGCAGCUAAAAUGGAGAGCCUCGCUCUCAGGGACGUGAAGCCAGAGGGGGAGGAGGAGGAGCAGAAACAGACCUUCAUCGCCUUUGCCCGGAUUUACAGCGGCGUCGUCAGGAAAAAACAGAAGGUUUUUGUCCUGGGACCAAAGUAUGAUCCUGGCCAGGGUCUGAGUCUGCUGCCUGAGAACUGCAGCGCGUCAGACUGUGUAAACGCAGUACCUCACCUGUCCUGCUGUUCCAUCGAGGACGUCUACCUGUUGAUGGGCCGAGAACUGGAGGAGCUUGAGGAGGUGCCUGCGGGAAACGUCCUGGGAGUCAGAGGUCUGGAAGAGUUUGUCCUGAAGUCUGCCACCCUGUCAUCCUCCGCCGCCUGCCCGUCCUUCGCUCCGCUCAACUUUGAUGCCACACCCAUUGUACGGGUCGCCAUAGAACCCAAAGGGCCGAUGCCAAAGCUGGUGUGUGGGAUGCGUCUGUUGAACCAGGCUGACCCCUGUGCUGAGGUUCUGAUCCAGGAAACAGGAGAGCAUGUUCUGGUCACUGCCGGAAGGUUUGCGAAGAUUGAAAUCAGCGCCUCAGCGCCCAUCAUCCCCUUCAGGGAAACCGUGGUCCGUACUCCUAAAGUGGACAUGGUGAAUGAAGAUCUGGGGAAACAGCAGAAAGUCGCCAUCAUUCACCAGCUGAAAGACGAGGCCUCGCAGGGUCGUUCAUCAGACAACCUCCAGGUGGACCCCACUGGACUGGUGACCCUCACCACCCCCAACAGACUGGCCACUGUGAGUGUCCGAGCGACCCCCCUGCCCCAGGACUUGACCAGUUUUCUGGAGAAGAACUCCGAACUCAUCCGUACCCUGGAGCAGGUCAACAUGUCCCUGAGAGAGGGUAAAAAACUGGACGUCAGCAUUGGGACCUUGGAGAGCAUCGCUGAACUCAAGGCCCAGAUGGAGAGCAUGCUGCAAGGGAGGAAGUGGAGGAACGCCGUAGAACAUAUCUGGGCUUUUGGUCCACGCAGGUAUGGACCAAACAUUCUGCUGAACAGCGUUGAGGGCUACCAGCGUCCCUCUCUGUGGCAGUGUCUCAGAGGAGAAGACAGUGGUGGAGACAACAGCGGGGGUCUGUCUGCAGGCCUGUGGGACUUCGACACCAGCAUCAUCAGUGGCUUCCAGCUGGCCACUCUGUCGGGGCCCAUGUGCGAGGAACCCCUGAUGGGGGUUUGUUUUUCCAUCGAGAGAUGGGACGUCCAGUCCUCCGCCCCGGCUCAGAAUCAGGACGUAGCAGGGGACGGCUCCAUAUCUCCUGGUGAAGUGGUGGACAGUGGCGUGGUGUCUCGUCCGAAAGAAGACACGACAUCAGGCCUGAAUGAGUCCAAAAGGAGGCCCGAGGCCGCGCUGGCGGACUGUUACGGCCCUGUCUCAGGUCAACUCAUCGCAGCCACCAAAGAAGCCUGUCGUCAGGCCUUCCAGGCUCAGCCACAGAGACUGAUGGCGGCCAUGUACACCUGUGAGAUCAUGGCCACCGCUGAGGUCCUAGGUCGGGUGUACGGUGUCCUUGGAAAGCGCGAGGGCCACGUCCUGAAAGAAGAAAUGAAGGAAGGAACACAGAUGUUCAUCAUUAAGGCCGUUCUACCCGUCGCGGAGAGCUUCGGAUUUGCGGACGAGAUCCGGAAAAGGACGAGUGGACUGGCCAGUCCACAGCUGGUCUUCAGCCACUGGGAGGUCAUUAGCAGUGAUCCGUACUGGGUUCCCACAACUGAAGAAGAAUAUCUUCACUUUGGUGAGAAGGCGGAUUCUGCCAACCAGGCUCUGAAAUACAUGAACGCCGUCCGCCGGCGCAAAGGCCUCUACGUGGAGGAGAAGAUCGUGGAACACGCCGAGAAGCAGAGGACACUCGGCAAGAACAAGUGACGACACAGUGAUAACGGCCACCGUUCUGUACUGGACACUUGGCUCCGCCCUCACGCACAAACCAGUCAGUACCGCGUGGGUCCCGAACCAAGUGUUUGGACUUAAAGCCACAAAGCUGAAGUCCACAGGUGGAGACAGAGGCAGAAAGAGUGGAGACGGAACUUUCAUUUGAUCAUUGACGUCGUGAUUCCUUCAAAGCCGUUGCUACUGUUUACUAAUUUAUCGUGUUGUGACGCUGAUUUCUGGAGGCAGAGUGAAAUAAAAAGUUUUUUUGUCUUUAUCUUUGUGACUCAAA